AUGCGAUGGGCAGCGACUGCCCAGAAGCGGCUCCAGGGCGAUCCGCCGCAAGCAUUCUGGGACAUGUAGUCCGAGGGCGCGCUGCAGCUUGGGGAUUCUGGGAAGUGGAGUCCAGGACCUGGGCGCUUCCGCUCGCUGCAGGCGGGGCUGGAGCAGCGGCUUGUCCCGCGGAGGAGAUGGUGACCUUCAGGGACGUGGCCGUGGUCUUCUCCGAGGAGGAGCUGGGGCUGCUGGUCCCCGCACAGAGGAAGCUAUACCGCAACGUGAUGCUGGAGACCUUCCGGAACCUGCUCUCCGUGGGACAUCAGUCCUUUAAGCCAGAUAUGAUCUCCCAGCUGGAAAGGGAGGAAGAGCUGUGGGUGAAGGAGCUGCGGACCCACCCAGGUCAGCAGGAGCCCUGCUACGAGAUGGCCCCGGGGGCUGCAGCAUCCUGGGCUCUGCCUGGGAGCAGAUCCGCUGGUGCCCUUCCAACAGAGAGAACUGUGCUGGAUCCCUGCACUAAACUGUCCCCGAGUGAGACGCACAACCGCCAGAGCGGCUGUCAGCAGACUCCGAUGAGAAGCAAGCCCCACAGACUGGCCCCACGGGGCCACCUUCCCGGCUGCAUCCCAUACCGCCCCACACCAUACCACGAGAGAGAGGCUGCGCCCAGCAAGGCCGACUGCGUGGUACCACCCCGCACCCAGCACGCUGCCUCCACCGGACCCCAAACCUACCCUUGCACGGAGUGUGGAGACGCCUCCAGCGACGGCUGCAGCCUGGCACGCCAUCGGCAGGGACACGAGCCAAGGAAGCCCCCCACCUGCUGUGCGCGUGAGGAGGAUGCGCGUUACAGCCCGGGCCUUCCCGUCUGGCCCGGGACUCACUUAGGGAAGAAACGCUAUUGGUGCCAUGACUGUGGCAAGGGCUUCAGUCAGAGCUCGAACCUGCAGACCCAUCAGAGGGUCCACACGGGUGAGAAGCCCUACACGUGCCCCGAGUGUGGGAAGAGCUUCAACCAGAGCUCGCACCUGUACGCGCACCUGCCCAUCCACACGGGGGAGAAGCCGUACCGCUGCGACGCCUGCGGGAAGGGCUUCAGCCGCAGCACCGACCUCAACAUCCACUGUCGCGUGCACACGGGCGAAAAGCCCUACAAGUGCGAGGCGUGCGGCAAGGGCUUCACGCAGAGGUCGCACCUGCAGGCCCACGAGCGGAUCCACACGGGCGAGAAGCCGUACCACUGCGGGGACUGUGGCAAGCGCUUCAGCUGCAGCUCCAACCUGCACACCCACCAGCGCGUGCACACGGAGGAGAAGCCGUACCGCUGCGCCGAGUGCGGCAAGCGCUUCAGCCUGAGCUUCAACCUGCACAGCCACCAGCGGGUCCACACCGGCGAGAAGCCCUACAAGUGCGCCGAGUGCGGCAAGGGCUUCAGCUCGGCUUCCAGCUUCCAGAGCCACCAGCGCGUGCACACCGGCGAGAAGCCCUUCCGCUGCAGCGUGUGUGGCAAGGGCUUCAGUCAGAGCUCCUAUUUCCAGGCGCACCAGCGGGUCCACACCGGGGAGAAGCCCUACAAGUGCGGGGUGUGCGGGAAGCGCUUCAACUGGAGCUUGAAUCUGCACAAUCACCAGCGAGUGCACACGGGAGAGAAACCCUACAAGUGUGAGGAGUGCGGCAAGGGCUUCAGCCAGGCCUCCAACCUGCAGGCCCACCAGACCGUCCACACCGGCGAGAAGCCCUUCAAAUGCGACGCGUGUCAGAAGCGCUUCAGCCAGGCCUCGCACCUGCAGGCCCACCAGCGGGUGCACACCGGGGAGAAGCCGUACACCUGCGACACCUGCGGGAAGGCCUUCAGCCAGCGGUCCAACCUGCAGGUCCAUCAGAUCCUGCACACCGGGGAGAAGCCGUUCCGGUGUGAGGAGUGCGGGAAGGAGUUCAGCUGGAGCGCCGGGCUGAGCGCCCACCAGCGCGUGCACACCGGCGAGCGGCCCUACACAUGCCAGCAGUGCGGCAAGGGCUUCAGCCAGGCCUCGCACUUCCACACCCACCAGCGCGUGCACACCGGCGAGCGGCCCUACAUCUGUGCCGUGUGCUGUAAGGGCUUCAGCCAGCGCUCACACCUCGUGUACCACCAGCGGGUGCACGCUGGAGGGAACACAUAGCAAGGAGAGUGGCGCGUAGCUGUCAGGACGGGCCGUCCUGCUCUCCCGCAGAGG